CGCCCUCGCGCCGGAGCUGGGGGCUGCCGGAGCCGUGCCGCAGUAGCCACCUCAGCUGCUGUCGAGCUCCCAGGGCUUCCGUCCUGCCGCCGCUGAGCCUCGCCCGGAGCCCGGCCGAGGAGGCUGCUGCCGUAGCCGGGAGCCCGUAGCCCGCGCCUCCAGCCCGCCACCGCCGCCGCCCCCCUCCGAGGGCGCCUCAGGCCACGCCAUGGUGAAGGUGACGUUCAACUCGGCUCUGGCCCAGAAGGAGGCCAAGAAAGACGAUGCCAAGAGCGGCGAGGAGGCUCUCAUCAUACCCCCCGACGCCGUCGCGGUGGACUGCAAGGAUCCAGAUGACGUGGUACCAGUCGGUCAGAGAAGAGCCUGGUGCUGGUGCAUGUGCUUUGGACUUGCUUUCAUGCUUGCCGGUGUUAUCCUGGGAGGAGCAUACCUGUAUAAAUAUUUUGCACUUCAACCGGAUGACGUGUACUACUGCGGAAUCAAGUACAUUAAGGAUGACGUCGUCCUAAACGAGCCUUCUGCAGAUGCCCCGGCUGCUCGCUACCAGACUAUCGAAGAGAACAUUAAGAUCUUUGAGGAAGAUGAGGUUGAAUUCAUCAGUGUGCCUGUUCCAGAGUUUGCAGACAGUGAUCCUGCCAACAUUGUUCAUGACUUUAAUAAGAAACUUACGGCCUACUUAGAUCUUAACCUGGACAAGUGCUAUGUGAUCCCUCUGAACACUUCGAUUGUCAUGCCACCCAGAAACCUGUUGGAGUUACUUAUUAACAUCAAGGCUGGAACUUAUUUGCCUCAGUCAUACCUGAUUCAUGAGCACAUGGUCAUUACUGAUCGCAUUGACAACAUCGAUCACCUGGGUUUCUUUAUUUACCGACUGUGUCAUGACAAGGAAACUUACAAACUGCAACGCAGAGACACUAUUAGAGGUCUUCAGAAACGUGAGGCCAGUGAUUGUGUCACAAUUCGGCAUUUUGAAAACAAAUUUGCCGUGGAAACUUUAAUUUGUUCUUGAAUAGUCAAGACAAGCAUUAAUGGAAAAACAUUUACUACCACAGCAUAACCCCAUCCUUUGUAUUUUGUGCAGUGAUUAUUUUUUAAAAUCUUUUCAUGUAAGUAGCAACCAGGGCUUCACUAUCUUUCAUCUCAUCUUCAAUUAAAACCAUUACCUUUAAACAUUUUUUUCUUCUUUCCAAGUGUGGUGUCUUUUAUAUUUGAACUAGUAAUUGUAUGAAGUCAUAGACCAGUAGCACACUUCACCAUAGAUCCUAGGUGUUAGGAAAAAUUAAAUUUCUUUGAAUCUCUUUUGUGGUUUUUUGAUUUAGUUACAUGUUCUCAAGAGGAAGGGUUAUCUAAAGAUAAUCACACAUAUGCAUAUGUAAAAUGGACCACGGUGACUUAUUUGCAGUUGUUAGUUGCCCUGCUACCUUGUUUAUUAGAGCAUUUGAGCACUCAUCCUAGUUUUCCUCCAAUUAUAAUGUGCAGUAUUUUCAGUGUUGCAUUCAACUAUUUAGAGGACGAUUUCCACCUUGCUGUUUUAAUAUCCGAGGCAUCUGCUGUAAUAAUAUUUUAGAAAAUGUUUGGAAUUUAAGAAAUUACAUGUGUUACUAAUUUGUAUAACCCAUAUCUGUGCAAUGGAAUAUAAAUAUCACAAAGUU